AUUCAUAAGGGCUUAAACACCGUAGAAGGGGGAGUGAGAAAGAUCUCUUAUACAGGACCCCAUCAACGAGUGUAUAUCGAGAUGCUUUCUUCCUCAAUUUCAUUGCCUCCUGUCUGUUCUCAGGUACGAUCCCAUCUCGUAAAAAGGAGACAAUCGAAUCGGUCCAGCUCGGCGUGUCAGGGUCUGUGCUGAUCUCCAUCACACGAGGCUUCAUGAAGCUUGGCUCGUCUAGGAUUUCAACAAAAACAGAUCUGGAGCUUAAAGAGCUAUCAGAGGCAAACUUGGAGAGUGAAUCUGCCUGUUCAUUCUUAGCUCGGGGGAUUUUACUUAGGCAGAAUUUCUGGAAUUUGCACUUCAGCUCAGCCACCAAAGCCACAUACUUCACCAUCACAGGAUCAACGACUUCGCAAAUAGAGUUGAUUUGGUUCACCACCAGCUGGGAGUCACUGUACACUUGAAUUGCAUUGAUUUUCAACUCUAAUGCUAGUUGUAGACCCAGUAGCAGAGCUUCAUAUUCAGCCAUAUUAUUUGUCGCAUCAAAGUUGAAUUUCAGGGCAUGUUCACUUCGGUAUCCUUCUGGACCAAUCAAGAGAGCGCCAGCCCCUGAACCCUUGCUACUAGAGGCUCCGUCAACAUAUAAGGUCCAUUCGUUGAAUUCUGGAGUAGAGGUUGAGGGAUAUGGAGUGCAUUCGACAAUGAAAUCUGCCAAUGCUUGAGCCCGGAUAGUUGACCUCUGCUGAAACGUGAUCUCAAACUCCCCCAGUUCUACUGCCCACUUAAAUGAAAUCUGCCAGUUCUA